ACCGGCACAAAGGAGAACUGGAGCUGUCUGUGUGCGUGAUGUGUGCUGAGUCAAAGCUGGUGAGGCUGUCAGAGAGAGAGAGAAACAAAGUGAGGAAACAGAGAGAAGCAGAACUGUGUGAGUCAGUUAUUUACUAAAAGAAAGGAGAGGGGGGGUACAGGAAACAGACCCUGGGGACAAACACACACACACACCACACAUUGUGACACAGACGGAGAGCUCCACUCCGGCUUCAGAUGAGCUCCUGAGGAGAAGCCUGGUGGUUUGUGGGAAGGACUAAGUGAGAGGUGGAAAGCUGAUGACAACUCUCCUGCUGUUGGACUGAAAGGGACAAAAACAAGGGACUAAAGAGAAGGGAUUUCACCAUGAGGACAUCUCUCUAACAGACGGGACUCUGGAUAUGUCAUCGUUUCUACUACUGACUUGGAUUUUUUGAGUGAAAGGAGACACACGUGUGAGUGAGUGAUUUAUCGGAGUGAGAAACACUCAGCCUGCAACUUGUUGGGUUUCAGAGCAGGGGGAGGGGAGGACGCUUCUGCCCAGAUCUCUGUCCUCUGGGAGGGUCCAUUCAACAACAUGAGGUAACCCCAGAUUACUGGGAGGGAAUCAUCAUGCCGACCAUGUGCAGCAGUCCUCUCUUACACGGACAGUUGUGUUUGAAAGAAACCUUUUGUGCCGAUGGCCUGAAUGACCAGAGUGUCUUUCAAUGCACUCCUGCUAAGGACGCUCUCUGAUGAGCUCUUUGUUCACGGUGAAUUAAUUGUUCUGGGAAGUCCUUUCAUUAUAAAGAGUUGACGUAACAGCCCCCCUCAUCAUAAUGUACAACAGCACCGCCCUGACUGAUGCAGCCAACAACUCCACCUGCAUCAAGAACGAUGGGUUCAAGUACCCGCUCUACAGUACCGUCUUCAGUAUCGUCUUCGUGGUGGGACUCAUCACUAACGUCGUGGCGAUCUACAUCUUCACCUGCUCUCUGAAGCUGAGGAACGAGACCACCACUUACAUGAUCAACCUGGUGAUGUCCGACCUGCUGUUCGUCUUCACCCUGCCUCUCAGGGUCUUCUACUUCAUCAACCGGAGCUGGCCUUUCGGGAGCACGCUCUGCAAGUUCUCCGUCUCGCUCUUCUACACCAACAUGUACGGCAGCAUCCUCUUCCUCACCUGCAUCAGCGUGGAUCGCUUCCUCGCCAUCGUGCACCCUUUCCGCUCGAGGGCGAUCAGGACUAAGCGUAACGCCCGCAUCGUGUGUAUAGCCGUGUGGGUGCUGGUGCUCUCAGGGAGUUUGCCUACGGGGUUCUUGUUGGAGACAACUUCGCGCAGCAACAACGACUCCAACGCCACCUUCUGCUUCGAGAACUUUUCCUCCAAGCAGUGGAAAUCUCACCUGUCCAAGGUGGUGAUCUUCAUCGAGACGGUGGGCUUCAUCAUCCCGCUCCUCCUCAACGUCUGUUGCUCCAUCAUGGUGCUCCAGACCCUUCGCCGCCCCCAGACCAUCAGUCGAGGCGGGAAGCUGAACAAGACGAAGAUCUUGCGCAUGAUAAUCGUGCACCUGUUUAUUUUUUGUUUCUGCUUCAUCCCCUACAACGUAAACCUGGUCUUCUACUCUCUGGUCCGCACCAAGACUUUAAAAGGAUGUGUUGCAGAGUCGGUGGUCCGGACCAUCUACCCUAUCGCCCUCUGCAUAGCCGUGUCCAACUGCUGCUUUGACCCCAUUAUUUACUACUUCACGUCAGAGACCAUCCAGAACUCCAUCAAGAGGAAAUCUCAGGUCAGCCGCUCGUAUGACGUCAAGUUCUCCGAGGCCCUGCAGUCAGAAACCAGCUCCAACCUGCAGUGCAGCCUGAGGACUCUCAAAGCUAAAGUCUUCCACAAUGAGUCUUCAGUGUGACGGUUGGAUUGCCGCUCUCAACAUGAACGAUCCUGAAAUCCCUCCGUAGAUAAACAAACCUCCUCCAGACAAUGGGAACAGAUUGUUUUUGGAGUGCCAAAGAAGUAUUAUCUUCAUCUCAGGGCGAACGUCGGGGCCUGUCGCUGCUGCUGCUGCUGACAGCCGGGCUCAGCAGUAUUAAUGCUAAAUGACCCUUUGUUCUCAUCUGAGGGAUCUGUUAAUGCUUCUUACUGAUUUCCUUUUCCUGUGGAAUAUACUGUAAUUGUGUUAAGCACAAUUACUCCGCCGGUGACCUGGAAGGGAAUGUGAUCACUGAACAGCAGGACGUCUGUCAUAUAUUGAAAGCUACAUGUGCCUCUGUAUUUGUACAUUUCUGUGGUAAGUCGUGGUGCUAACUUUAGAGUAGUAUCUAUUAAAUUAACGUAAAGUUAUUUGAAGCUUCGGGCUGCUGUACAGGGCUUUGUUUUUUUUUAAAUUGUGAAUCGCAUAUAGGUCACCGAAGCGCCUCUUUUGUUUCUUGCGGCAUUUCUUUGUGGACUCUUUGUCUUCACAGACCGUUUAAUGCACUGACAGACUUCCACGUACUGCACUCGUGCUACAGUAAUGAAUAAAGGUCAUGCUCUGACUAAAAAACAAGAACUGCACCUGGAACCUCUUGUCCUCAUUAUUUUUGCACACUGAGAUAUACUUAAGGAGUUUGAGUUGAGAUAGUCCAGGGUGUUAGAUGUCCUCUGAAGUUUGUUUGUCCUGUUUGCAAAUGCAGAGGUGAAGAAGUGGAAGUAGAAAGUCUGAUGGAGUCCGUCUGACUCCCUCUGGGGAGUGUCAGCUUCCUGUGUGGCAACCAUAGCUGGAGGAGAGGAAGCAUUUAUUAAAGCCGACUGACAAACAGGCUGCUCACAUUUUCAGACGAACAUAAACAUAAGAGGAAUGAAACUGUAGUACGAAGCAGUAAAUCAAAAACAUCAUAAUAAUCGUGUCUGCUCAAACAUAGAGCUGAUAUACUAGAGAGGAUAUACAGCAGUCUAGUGUCUUAUGUUUAACUUAACCCUGAUAGGAAUCCCGUUUUAUCGUCCUGUUUCCUCCUCCGCAAGAACAGGGUGUUUUUUUUAAUAUCAUCUCAGACAAAGCUACUCCUCCAGAACAGAACAGUCAGUGCAGCAGCUUCACGUUCAAUCUGGACGUCUUUGAUCAGUAAAGACGUCCAAAUAAAAACACUCUUUCCCAACUCCAAAGUCAGAUUUCAAUCAAACAGAGUAUUCAAAGGUGGAGCGUGUUUGCAGAUGUUUGAAAUAUUUGUCUCACUGUGGACAAAUUUACAAGUGAUACGCCAUGAGUGAGGAGUGAACGCAGCGUGAGAGUGAAUAACAUGAAGCACAUGGUGCUCUAACUUUAUUGACAUAGCCUGAAGGUCAGUCAGCGGCUCUUUAUUCAAACCCCACCUAGCAUUCUGCUUCAGAGGCCAUGUGAGCCGGCCGAGGACAGGGUUAAAGACCCGGCUGUUGUCAAAACAAACACGGACAAUUUGACACUCGUAUUUGGCGCAGGAGGCCGACUCGGAGCUGCGUCUUUAACUUCAACAUUUUCAAGACUGAUCGUCUCGUUUCAAGAAGAUAGUGUUGAUGAGAUUAUGAUUAACUGCAUGAAUGAGUUAAAUGUUGUGUAUUCAGCACAUGCAAUUGUUAUCUGUCUGCCAGCUGUUCACUGCUGCUGUCAUGUGGGUCAAAGGUCAGGGCAGAGGAGAGGAGAGGGGCGAGCAAAGAAAAAAUAAAAAUAAAUGCAGUAAAUAUAUCUAAAAAAAAAUCAAUCAUUCAAACUUUUUAAAACUUUUCAGGGAGACUGUUUGGAUAAAAGAGGAAACAUCAUUCUUACUUCAUAUUUCCACAUUUCUGCAAAAGACGAGUCAGCGUCUUCCUCAUACUCAGACCUGACGUAACUCGCAGUUCCUAUUUAACAAAGUGUGUGUUAUUCAAUUCAAAUGAGAAGAACUCGUGUUUACGCCAAAGCGCCGUAGUUUGAAGUUUUUUCUCUGUAUCAGAGUUCGGCCUCCUCACGUGAGCCCAGCAGGCUCCUCUGCGUACACAACAGUUAUCUAAUCAGCCUGACCUCUUCUUCUCAGCAGGCUGCAGAGUGAGAAAACACAGACGCUGCACUGUUUGCCAUCACAUAUAUAUACUGACCUGUAACACUGGGAGAUAGCAGUGUGAAUCAAAUGUGUUCUAUUACAGUACAAGACUGACUGAAGGUCUGUGAAUCUGUGAGAAACACUUUACGUUAACGUCCUAAACAGUUAAAAAGCCACUCAGUGUUCAGAGUUAUCACUGCUUAUAAAACACUUGAGAUACUUGUCCAAGUUUACAAAAUGUCACAAACACUAAUGUGAUGUUUAUGAACACUAGUCAGACUUUUUCUUAGAGAUUAAUGAUCAAUAAAAAAAAAUAGCCAUACCGACUGUGCAAUAAGAUUUUCACCAUCGCUGCUCCUGUCCACUGUGUGGAAUCCAUUACACCCGUGCAAUCUAUUUAACAACAAUGUGUCGACACUCUAUUGCAUCUUAUUUGUAUAUAUAUUUAUAUUUUAUAUUUUAAACCUUUACUUUUUACUUGCACUGAACGGGAGACCCUCUCCAAUCUCGUUGUACAAUGUUUGUAUCUAUUCUAUCUAUAAAUAUCUCUAAUUAGAUGUUAUUUAAUAUAAAUGAGACUAUGAAAGGUUUAGAUUAAUUUAGCUGUUGAUAUUAAUAAUACGCUGUUUCCACUUAGGUGCCAGUGUCUGCAAAAGAGUGAUAAAUAAGUAUAUGAUAAAGGGUUUAUGGUCUUACUUAUCUCAUAUAACGUCUCAUUAGAGUUAAUAAGUGAUCUUCAAGGUGUUAAAGUUGAAGUUUAAGUUGAUCUUUAAGACCCUGGUGAGUCAUACGGUUAUAUUUCAGUGGGUUAUCAUUUGAUUAAAUUGGUAAUAUGAUUUUCCUUUAAAAGCUUAUAAUAAAUAUGUACAUGAAUCUUUAAUUAACCUUUACAAAGGCUGAAUAAUGUGAUUUAACCUGUUGAUGUUUGACUGACAUAUGACAUAUAUAAGUUAUUAAUGAGAGCCUUAACGUGUCUUAUACCAAUAACUAAUAAUGCAUUUAUUUACACAUGUUUAAAGGUAUUAAAAGUGGCUUCCUGACUUUUAUUA